AAUAUUCUCAGGUGGAACCGGUUUACUUCAGAGGACCUUGCCAAUUAGUAUGUGGCUUGACGCUAACUGAAUUGCUUGUAAAUCGUGUUGCUUGUUAUGCUGUGAGUGACAAUAACAGUACCGGCUGUGAACAUGUGGAAAACUCAAGAAGAUUUGGAUUCUGUGCUUUCAUCUAUCGAAAAUGACCUCCGUCAGCAAGUGUCGGACAUGCGCCAACUGUCGGCCAGCUUCCAGCCUCGCAUGGCAAUCGUGCAGGUGGGCGGACGAGAGGACUCCAACGUUUACAUCCGUAUGAAGCUGAAGGCAGCUGAGAACAUCGGCAUCCUUGCUGAGCAUAUCAAGCUGCCUCGUGAUUGCACUCAAACCGAGUUACUGGCCAAGUUGGCAGCACUCAAUGACUCUCCACUGGUGCAUGGCAUCAUCGUACAGAUGCCUCUGGAUUCCACGCACACCAUGGAUUCCCAUCUGGUCACCGACUCCGUUUCUCCUCAGAAAGAUAUUGAUGGAUUGAACACCAUGAAUGAAGGUCGCGUCGCCCUCGGCGAUAUGUCGGGCUUCAUCCCCUGCACGCCAGCUGGUUGCCUGGAGCUUAUCAAGCGUACGGGGGUUACGAUCGCCGGCAAGACUGCCGUAGUGCUGGGUCGGAGCAGAAUCGUGGGCACGCCAGUCGCUGAACUCCUGAAAUGGGAACACGCCACCGUUACUGUGUGCCAUUCGAAGACGAAGAACUUGAGUGAAGUGACCAAGACUGCCGACAUCCUCGUAGUGGCAAUAGGCAGGGCCGAAUUAGUUCGUGGAUCGUGGAUAAAGCCAGGAGCGAUUGUCAUCGACUGUGGAAUCAAUGCUAUACCUGACGCAUCCAAGAAGAGCGGUCAGCGUUUAGUGGGAGAUGUCGCAUACUCGGAGGCUAUAGAAGUAGCGUCACACGUAACGCCCGUGCCAGGAGGCGUGGGUCCAAUGACCGUUGCGAUGCUCAUGAGGAACACUGUGAUAUCGGCGCGGCGUCAGCUUGAGCGUACCACCGCGCCCGUGUGGCCGCUGCAGACGCUGCGUCUUAACACGCUUGCUCCUCCACCCAGUGACAUCGUGAUAGCGCGCUCUCAAAAACCGAAGCACAUAAGUCAGCUGGCGGAGGAGAUUGGACUUUUCCCCAACGAGGUGUCACAGUAUGGCAACACCAAAGCAAAGAUUUCGCUCUCAGUUCUUGACCGCUUGCGGGACCAACGUGGUGGAAAGUACAUCGUCGUUGCUGGAAUAACUCCGACUCCACUCGGCGAGGGUAAGAGUACCACUCUACUGGGGCUGGUACAAGCGUUGGCGGCGCAUCGUGGUCGCAAUGCGUUUGCGUGCAUGCGCCAACCCAGCCAAGGACCUACGUUCGGCGUUAAGGGGGGCGCGGCUGGGGGAGGUUACUCGCAGGUCAUUCCAAUGGAAGACUUCAACCUCCACCUCACGGGUGACAUUCACGCUGUCACCGCAGCCAACAACCUCUUAGCAGCACAAAUGGAUGCUAGAAUCUUCCACGAGCUCACACAAAAGGACGGACCGCUAUACGACCGUCUUGUGCCAAAGAUUAAGGGGGUGAGGAAGUUCUCCGCCAUUCAACUCAGAAGGCUUAAGAGAUUGGGUAUAAACAAAACAGACCCUGACGCUUUGACGCCGGAGGAAAGAACCAAAUUCGCUAGACUGAACAUCGACACCAAUAAAAUUAUGUGGAACAGAGUUGUGGAUCUAAACGACAGAUACCUGCGUAAAAUUACAAUCGGCCAAUCACCUACCGAGAAAGGUUUCACUCGGGAGAGCAGUUUCGAUAUAUCCGUAGCUUCGGAAAUCAUGGCAGUACUGGCCCUGGGGAACAAUAUUGAAGACAUCAAGGAGCGACUGGCUAGUAUGGUGGUAGCGUUGGAUAAGAGUGGCAACCCUGUUACUGCUGACGAUCUGGGAGUAACGGGUGCCCUAAUGGUGUUACUCAAAGAUGCAUUCGAGCCGACCCUCAUGCAAACCUUGGAAGGGACACCAGUGUUGGUACACACGGGGCCCUUCGCGAACAUUGCCCACGGCUGCUCCUCCAUCCUGGCGGAUAAGAUCGCCAUGAAAUUAGCCCGGGCUGACGGCUAUGUGGCUACUGAAGCUGGCUUCGGAUCUGAUAUCGGUAUGGAGAAAUUCUUCGACAUCAAGUGCCGCGCGAGUGGCGACACGCCGCACUGCGCGGUGAUCGUGAGCACGGUGCGCGCGCUCAAGAUGCACGGCGGCGGGCCCGCCGUCAGCCCAGGCGCGCCGCUACACGACGUCUACUUGCAGGAAAAUCUGGAGUUGCUCAGUAAGGGUCUGUGCAAUCUGGGUAAACACAUCAGCAACGGAAACAAAUUCGGUGUCCCCGUCGUCAUUGCUGUCAACAGACACGGCAACGACACGGAAGUAGAACUAAACAUGGUCAAAGAGUACGCGGUAAAGAAUGGCGCAUUCAGAGCGGUGAUAUGCAACCACUGGGCCACGGGCGGAGCGGGAGCGUUAGAGCUAGCGGACGCUGUGAUCGCGGCGUGUGACCACCCCUCGCGCUUCGACUUCCUCUACCCGCUCCAGAUGUCCAUCCCGGACAAAAUACAGAAGAUCGCGCAGGAAAUGUACGGCGCCGGACAGAUUGAAUACACGGAUGAGGUCUUGGAGAAGAUUAAGGUGUUUACUGAGAGGGGCUACGACAAGCUAGCAGUGUGUAUGGCCAAGACAUCCAACUCGCUAACCGGCGAUCCGAGUAUCAAGGGCGCGCCCACGGGCUUCACGCUGCGCGUCAAUGACAUCUUCGUGUCCGUGGGUGCCGGCUUCGUGGUGCCCAUGGUGGGCGAAAUAUCAAAAAUGCCGGGCCUGCCAACCCGCCCCAGCAUCUACGAUAUAGAUUUGAACACCCAGACUGGUGAAAUUGAAGGACUUUUCUAAAACCUGAAACUGCUUCGCUGAAAAUUAAAUCGAGACUACCCGCGAGAUGGAAACCUAUUUAAAUCUUAAAAUAUACGGUUUUAUAUUUCUUGCUAACUUCAUUCCCUUAUAUAUGUUGAUAACUUAACGAAGUUGUGAGUGAAGUUAGCAGGUGUCAAACAGUGCAUGUUUGCAUUUGAAUAGGCCUUAAGGGCUUCUGAGACGUUCAAGCGUCUAGACGCCUAGCACGUAGUAUUGUUUUGCUUGAUCAAGCAGCUGGACGCGCCCUUCAAGCAGCUUGAGCCAGCAAACGGCACUUUUUUCAUUUCACGAACACUAUCUCAAGCAAACUUUGUAAACGCUUGUCAAAAGGCUUGGCUCAAGCAAAAAUUUACGUGCUUGACGUCAAGCCGCUUGAACGUCUCCGAAGCCCUUUAUACCUACUUUGUUAAUUUCGCAUUUGGCGACGUCAUAUUUAACACGUUUCCAUACAAAAACUGUUAAGUUUGACAUCACAAAUUGCACUAGGUGUUAAUAUUUGAAUCUCCAAACCAAAUAUGUGAAGUGUUAAUAAUUUUAUUACUUAACAUGUAUUGUGAAUUGUAUAAUAUUAUUAGUAACGUUCACUAAGUCUAAAACCAUUAUGCUUUCUCCUUAUUUAAUAAUUUGUGUUGUUUUAUAAUAAAUCAAUAUAUUGUAUUAAA